UGGAGAAGUUGAAGGUGCACUCGUAUUCUCACACAGGAGAAAGACCCUACCGCUGCUCCCACCCUGACUGCACCAAGGCUUUCGUCUCCAAAUACAAGCUGCUACGGCAUAUGGCAACUCACUCGCCAGAAAAAAACCACAAGUGUUCAUACUGUGAGAAAAUGUUCCACCGCAAGGAUCACUUAAAGAAUCAUCUACACACUCAUGACCCAUACAAGGAGGCAUUCACCUGUCAGGAGUGUGGCAAGAGCUACAACACCAAGCUGGGCUUCAAACGCCACCUCGCCCUCCACGCUGCCAACAGUGGAGAUCUCACCUGCCAAGUGUGCCUGCAGCCAUUUCCUAGCACCGGGAUUCUUCUAGAGCACCUCAAAACACAUGCUGGCAAGUCCUCUGGCGGGACCAAAGAGAAAAAGCAUCGCUGCGAGCAUUGUGAGCGGCGAUUCUACACCCGUAAAGACGUACGACGCCACAUGGUGGUGCACACGGGACGCAAGGAUUUCCUUUGUCAAUACUGUGCCCAGCGCUUCGGUAGGAAGGACCACCUGACACGUCACAUGAAGAAGAGCCACCCCCAGGAGCUGCUGAGGGUAAAAACUGAGCCAGCUGAUUCGCUGGAGCCUAUUGUCUACGACUUGGCUUCUGGGGACAUCAAGGGUGAACUCCCUGGAAUGUUGACGCCAAGGCCCCACCAGCUCAACAUGUACACAGGUCCCGUCCUGGACACAGAGCCCUUCCCCACACCCCCACACCCCUUUUCUUUAAAGUACCCACUGGGCUCCAACUUUACCUCAUACACCGUCUCCUCACUGGAGCGGGAGCAGAAUCUAAAGGGAGAACUGGAGACCUACCUGAUGGAGCUGCAGAGCAGCAUGCCCUCCUCAUCGUCUGCAGCCCAAGAACCCCAACUCUCCUCCUCCAAACUAGAGUUGGAGACUCAAAUUAGCGGGCUGGAGGAAGGGAGCGAGGAGGUGUCCUUGUCCAAAAUGUCCACUUCAGUUGCAGCAGCCACUGCAGGUGACUCUCUGGCCUCAUCCUCCUCUCUGAUGGACUUCUCACAGCUUUUCAACUUCCUUCCGCUCAAUGGGCCUCCGUACAACCAGGCAGGGGGCAGCGGGGGGCAGGGCGUUGCCUAUCAACCCAACGAAGAGCCCACACCUCUCGUCCAGCUGCCCCCCCAGUCGUCUGAAGGCCCAGAGGCUGUAGAGACGCCACUUCAAGGGCUCCCCUCCUCCUUCAUUUCCAACCUGAGCACACCCACCACACUGCCCCGAUUCCACCAAGCUUUUCAGUGAUCCAGUAUGUACUGCAAAUUGCACACAUGCACUCUAACACACACACAUACUGACAUGCAUGUCAAGCUACACAACCACACAGGCAGAGAGACACUGAAACAAGAUGCCAGUUACACAUGAUUGGUGAUAU